AAACUGUUUCACUGUCAACAAGGAUUCUUGCCAGGUCAGAUGUGUGCCUAAAAUAAAUUUUUGUGAAAGGUCUGAAUAUGACGAAAACCUCUGCAUCAUUGGUGAUCAACUGCUCACGGACAGAUACAUCAUCAACAUUACAGCAACAAAAAAAAACUGUGUCAACUGUAAUAAUCCAGUGAAAACGCCUGAGACGGAAAUUGUUCUGAAUAAAACAAUUCCAAUUAAAGACGGAGGACUCGACCCAGUUGAAGCUGUUAAAGUGAUGGAUGAAAUGGCUGAACUUGCCUCCUCCAUCAAUGGGUCUACAGCUGCAUUGUCUGCGGGAGAAGGAGUCACGGGCAUCUUAGUGAAAAAUACAGAAAUGGAACUAGAAGAAGUCUCCUUUGCUUAUAUGUCUGUAAAUGACAGUUUACGGAUUAUAGAAGACAGAGGUAGUCUUUCUCACUUUUCAAGAUCUGUUACAGUGUCAAAAGAAGCGUUUGAAAAAGCUCAAAGUUCGAACAUCACCGUACCAUUUGCGGCCGUUUUCCGAUUCUUGAAUCUGGGUCAGGAUGAGUCUAAAAGCACUGUUUUAGGAAAUGAAGUUUUAGCAGUCGAAAUGGGAGCCACUAUCCUGAAUCUCACAGAAAAAAUAAACAUCAAUUUUUGGAACAUGAGUUACGAAGGAACUCCACAUUGUUAUUCGUGGAACGGUGAAGGUAGCCGACCUAACUGGACUGAUGAUGGAUGUCUGACAGUGAAAAAUGGAAGCAACAUAACAUGCCAGUGCUCACAUCUGACAUUCUUUGCCAUCUUACUGACUCCCCCAAAUCAAACCAUCUCAAGUUCUGAUCUGAAAACCCUCACCACCAUCUCCCAAGUUGGCUGUGGCGUGUCCAUGGUUUUCCUCAGCAUAGUCCUCUUCACACACUUUCUUAUAAGGAAGACCAAGGCCACUAAAGCCACGAUAAUCCUGAUCCACCUGGUGUUGGCCAUGUUCUUUCUUAACUUCACUUUCCUGAUCAACAACUUUGUGGCAAAAGUGAGGAAUACCGUGGGUUGUAAGAUCAUGGCGGCUCUCAUGCACUACUUCAUGUUGGCCACUUUCACUUGGUUUGCUGCACAGGCCUUCCACAUCUGCCUGCAGCUGUACAGGGGCGGCAAAAUUGACAUCCAUCGUUACAUUCUCAAAGUCUCCCUCACCUGCUGGAUGAUACCCAGUAUAGUUGGGAUUGUCCUGCUCAUCAUAGGAAAAUAUGGUGAACAAGUAAUCUACACUGAUAACAUUGAAGACAGUGUGGCCAUGUGCUGGAUAACAGACAGUUACAUCCACUACUUUGUCAACAUAGGCUACUAUGCUUUGGUCUUCCUCUUCACUUUCACUACCUUCAUCAUCAUACUGUCCUGGCUCUUUUGUCUCAAGAGAUCCAAAACUGGCACCGUAGAAACUAAAAGAAAUGGCAUUAGCAUCCUAACUAUCCUGGGACUGUGUUGCAUGCUGGGUAUCACAUGGGGUUUUGCCUUCUUCGCCUACGGCGUCCUUCGAAUCCCCUCCUACUACAUUUUCACAGUCCUCAAUUCUUUUCAAGGUUUCUUCCUGUUCAUCUACUACUACACCACCGGCCAUUCAGCGGACACAAAUACUGGUGCGAGUGUUAGUACCACUUCAAGCACCAGCACUCUUAAAACUGGUCUCGAUAUCUUCGAUAACCCCUACAACAAUGUGCAAGGCAAAAAAUAAAGCACUGGAAGAGAGAGGAGGACUGAGGAGUGAUGAAGAGUUCACAGUCAUCUUGAAGAACAGACUACAAGCAAGUACAAAGAAUUAAGUGGAAAGAGCAUUAAUGUAUAGCUUCGUAAUAUAGUGCUGCAAUAACAAUAAUGCAAUAAUUAUUAUUUUCUGACGUAGUCGUUGACAAUUAUUUGUAUAUAGGGAAAUGGCUUUAAUAGUAAAGGGUUGAUGUUUCAUGCAAUUUAAUGAAUGGCUUUCAGACCUUUUUUAAUGCAACAAUGCAAUGUACAAACAAUCUG